AGUGUGUGUGUGUGUGUGUGUGUGUGUGUGUGUGUGUGUGUGUGUGUGUGUGUGUGUGUGUGUGUGUGUGUGGCCGCUCUUCUCAAGAAGUCUCUGACGGACAAGUUCAGACAGAAGUGAAGGUGUGGUGGCAGUCAUGAGGAGGAGACACAUACAUUCAACUGUCACGGAGGAAACUUUGUGGAACUUCUCCUGGUGUUGAUCUCCAUUUCGAGUCACUUUUCAUUUAACGUCCGUGGGCAUAUAAUAGUGUUUUAGCCGAAAACAAAUCUGGAGACAGCAGCAGCGGGGGCGUCACAGGUUGGAUUUCGCUUUCUUUGGCAACAAGAAAUCGGCAUCGCUAAAUCCUAAAUCUUGAAUUCAUGUUCAUGUUGCCCUUGAGAUCUGUAGGAACCCGACAAAUGAUCAUGGAGAACGCUGAAUCACUCAUGGACUAAGAGGCAGUGCUUCACUUUAGCUCUGUUCUAUAUUUCAUUUCUUGCCUUUACUCAUCUUUUUCACUUCUUUGCAGCACUCUCUUUUCCUACUUUCCUGCAUCACUUGUCAUACAACUACCAUGCGUAGAUUCAGCUCAGAGGGAUCCCUUCUGGAUCUGGACUUUCUCCCGUGGAGGCGUGUGGCACUGAGGAACCAAAAUAAUGAGAAGAACCGGGACUCUGGCACCUACACGCCUCAUAUGGUUGAAGAUGAACUGGAUGGGGGGUCAGCUGGCCUGCCCACCAUCAUCCAGGAGCCCAAAGCCCUUCCUGGUAAAGUGGGGAAGAGGGAGCUGACCAAGGAGCACAGCAUCAGUGUGGAGAACCUGAAAGAGCUAGGAAAACUGGACAAAAGCCACCUUGGUGUGUCCGUCAUCAGUGAAGGCUGCAGGGCCUACAGUGACAGCCAGCUGGCCCCAGACCCCCAAGGCAGCACUGAGAGUGUGGAGAAAGAUGACCUGACUUCACCGUCUCCUUCACCCUCUUCAAACCCCUUCUCCCUCAAAUCCCAGCAUAGGCACCAGCGUAGAGCCAAGCUGUCAGCUGCUAAACUGCACCUCAAGAGUCUGUUUGGGCAGAGUCCUCAUUCUUCCAACUCCAACCUGUCCAGCACAGAACCCAAAGAAAGCGCUACAGAAAGGAGGUCUCACCUUCUCUUCAUGCGUCAGUGGAGUCAGGUGGGCCACAGUAAGAAGGGGAAGAUCAGUCGAGAAGAGCUGGAGAAAUGGGCCGAGUCCCUCAACAGUCUGCUGGCCAGCCAAACUGGUGUUUCAGUGUUUGGAGCAUUCCUGCGCUCUGAGUUCAGUGAGGAGAAUCUGCAGUUCUAUCUGGCCUGUGAGCAGUACAGACACUCAUCCAACAACUUCAGCCUGCAGAGGAGGGCCAAGGACAUCUGCACCACCUACAUCCAACCAGGUGCCCCCCGGGAGGUGAACCUUGACAGUAAGACCAGAGAUCUGACCAUCGAGCUGCUGCAGGCUCCUUCUCACUCCUCUCUGUCCCAUGCACAGAAACGCAUCUACUCCCUCCUGGACACAGACUGUUAUCCCCGCUUCCUCCAGUCCAACAUCUACCUCUCCUUACUCCGAGAGGCUGACUAGCAGGUGCAUGCUGACCCCUCACAUGCACUCAGGAGAAGGAAUAGUAGCUCAAUGGUUUCUAGGAUUUCCUAAACGUACACCAUAAAUCUAAAAGUGUCUUGAUAAGACAGAGCUGCUGUGUAAAAAGUGUGUGUAGAAAAUAUAUCAAGUGUUGAUGCACACAUUGAACAAGAAUUUGGAGGAGAGCCAGGUAAAUGAAUAGUUCAAUAUAAUUGUUCAAUUUCUUUCUGAGAGUAAGAUGUGUGCAUGAUAUCAUUCUCAUAUAUGUAUGUUCAGUACAGAGCUGGAGUUGGGAUGUGGUUAUCCUAGCUUAGCACAAAGACUGGAAGCAGAUGGAAACAGCUAGCCUGGCUCUGUCUACUUCAAAACACUCAUAAUAACCUCCCUAAGCUGAAUCAUAUGUUUUAUCUCCUACUGAUAUACAGCCAAUUAAACUACACUCAUCAAAUGCAGGUUGUAGGGAGCAGUAAACAACGCAUCCUAACUUUCACUGCUUUUGACCAGCUAUUCCUAGCAGUCACACACAUAAUCUUGUCAACAUUUUUUUUUAACUAUGUUUAAUAGACUGAAGAAGGUUAGACACUAUUUUAUCUGCAAAUCACCAAAAUGUUAUACUGAGCUCUUCUCAGCUGAUCCAACAAGAACCAUUUUUGAAAAAAUUAGAAAACAAAAUGCUUUUCACUGAAAAGCGAGCAGUGGGCCUUCAUAGGGCCCAUUUCUUCCUGUGUAUUCCCAGCACAUUUCCUGGCUAAAAUUCCACUUUAACAAUACAGCUUUUUGAUAAUGAUAUAUUUCACAUGAUUACAAUGCAAGAAAUCAUGGAUUUCAAAUAUAUAGUAACUACUUUGUAAUGCCAGCACAUUCAUUGCUGCAUUGGUUGUGACAGCUUGUGUCACAACCAAUAUCCAACUAGUAUCUGAGACUGAGUAAGUUCCACACUUACAAAAGCAAAUUUCAUCUGUUGUUGAGAGUGAUUAGGAAAUUCUUGCUUGUAUGUCAGUAUGUCUUCUGUCAGACUCUGCAGUAAUGUCAUUUAUCAGCUCUCAUAAGUACAUGGUGAAUGGAUAAACUGUUAGUCAAGAAAUAGUUCCAGCAUAUAACUCUCCCUUAAAUUAAACAAAGGCAAUUGAACAUGUUGAUUUAUGAGCUUGAGAGGUGCUGGUUGGUUUAUUUAGGAACUUUCUGGAAAGCAUACUCUUAAUGCUAAGCUCGGCUAACAAACUAAUUCCAGCUCCAUACUUGACACAUAGACAUGAGGUCAAGAUCCAUGCGAACAUCUCAUGGAUCAGCACGUACAA